AUGACCGUCGACCUCUCGGCCUCGGCCUCUGCCAUCCCCUCGUUCGCGGGCGAGAUCAACACCGCGAUCCCGGCCCCGAUCACCGAGAGCGGCAUCCUCAAGCCGCGCAUCGAGAUCGCCAACCCCGCCUUCACGUUCCAGGAGACGUCGCGCCGCGUCCGCGGUGUCGUCGGCGAGACGGCCGUCGUGGACAGCAGGCACCACCUCCUCGUGUGGGAGCCGCACAACAAGCUCCCCGACUACUCGUUCCCCUCGGCCCACGUCCGCACCGAGCUCCUCACGCCCAGUGCCGCGCCUGCCGAGCCCACGACGCACCCGUACGGCCGCCCCCGCUGGCCCGAGGUGCAGUGGUUCGACCUGACGGUCGGCGACCGCAAGAUCGAGCACGCGGCGUGGAAGUGGAACGUCCCCGGCCUCGAGGACUACAUCACCUUCCACUGGCUCAAGGGCAAGGUCGACAAGUGGUUCGAGGAGGACGAGCUCGUGUUCGACGCCGCCGCCCUCCCCUUCAACCACCCCCGCGACCCGUACGCCCGUAUCGAUGUCAUCCCCUCGAGCCGCCAUGUCCAGGUGUUUGACACGGCUGGCAACGUGCUCGCCGACUCGACCAACGGCCUCUUCCUGUACGAGACGAGCCUGCCCCCGCGCAUCUACCUCCCCAAGGCCGACGUCAAGUUUGAAAACCUCGAGGAUGUCGACCUCGCUACGACCUGCCCGUACAAGGGCCGCACCGGCGGCUACUGGUCCGCCAAGGCCGUCUCGCCCAAGGCGAUUGCCUGGAGCUACGGCGAGCCUUCGCUCAACGUUAGCAAGAUCAAGGACCGUGUCGCGUUCUUCAACGAGCACGUCAAGAUCCUCGUCGACGGCGUCGAGUACGUCGACAGCCCCAAGGUGUGGGCGUGA